UCGAUAUCCGUAGUAUUUUCAGGAAGUACUGUACUGUAACCUAGAGACCAAAGCGAGACUGGAGUCACAUUCGGAAGCUAGCUAGCCAGCUAGGGAAGUAAAUGGAUACAUUAUACAUACAAAUAUUUUUUAAGGUAGACUGAACUCUAAUUUUACAUUUGGCAAAUGUGAAACAAAUAUCGACAUGUAUUGGUAAACGUAAAUGGCUAGAUGCCUUAUGAAAGGGACACUGUCCUGCACCACGUGAGCUGCAGGACACGCUUUUAUAAUAGUCACCGCAGGGCUUGAAAGUCAAGCCCCUGAUUUUCAGAUGAUGAGCUUGUUCCACCGAAGGAAUACGCAGGCAGUUUUCGAUCACUGUGGAUUCCAGAUAUUGUGGGACUGAUCUUACCUUCUAAAUAUGUGGACAUCUAUUCUCGCAUAAAAUAGACAGGGUCCUUUGUGGCCAUGUUUCGGCUCAGAACUAUUACUGGCAGGUGUUACCUGCGCAGGUUUCUGCAUGGGGGGGUAGCGAACCGGGACCAGGUUCUGGAACAACUUGGCAUCUGUGCUGAUGAAGACCAAGUGUUUGAGGUGGUAGGAAAGAACAAAGCCAAAUUGAAUGAGAAUCAUGUUGGGUGUGCUGUGGGCAUGCUCUGGCAGUUCCAGAAGGAAAAGCCACAGAUGCUUCGAACAGUUGAGUUAAUCAAGAGCCACCCAGAGUUCCUGACUCUCAGAGUUCUGGCUGAGAACAAAAUUGAACUCAUGGGUGAUGUAAUGUUGGUGGACAUGCUCUACAAUAUUCUCAGGCUCAGUGUGGAUCCCUGUGAUUCUCUUGUCCAACAUUUGGUCUCAGAGGCUUGGCUCAGAUUAUGCAGAUUUCCCAUGUCAUCUCUGUCUAAGUUUGCUGUUUGUCUAAGUGAUCAACAUCUGCAGCACAGUCCUCUAAUGGGUCAGAUCACGAACAUUUUGAAUCAGAAACUCUCCUCAAUUGAUGAUGCCAGGAUCUUGACUAUCCUGAUGAUCUGCGUAUCACCUUUGGUGUCCCCUACUUUGCGUGACAAACUCAUUAAUAAGGCUGACUGUGUCCUGGACACCAUGGAUCCCUCACACUACAACAACCCCAGGAGGAUGGUGCAGUUUCUGCGCAACAUCAAAUAUAGUUACCGUCCUCUGCUGGAGAAGUGCAACCAUAAUCUCCUGCACAAUGUUCCCCUCAUGGAUGCAGAGAACCUUGGGAUCAUCUUGGGGCUCUACCAGUCACUACAGUUCAACAACUGUGACUUCCGUCUAGCUGCAAAACAGAGGCUAAUUGAACUUGUGGACUCGAGCACAGACCCGCUUUCCUUCACCAAGCUGUUUGUUACUCUGGCGCCAAUGGCGGGGCUGGACACCAAAGAGAGGCUGGAGAGUAUAGCACUCAUUCUGGCUGAUGAGCUUAAUGCCCAGCAGGCACUGGCUGUGGCAGAAACACUGGAGGAGAUUCACUCUAGAAACCUGUUGCUAAUUCAAAAGAUUGCAUCAGUAAUCCACAAGAACCUGCAGGUCUACAGGUCUAUGGAGUUAGCCAGGGUCACCCAAGCCAUGAUCCUGCUGCACUAUCAAAGUCCAGAGUUCUUCACCAAAUUGAGGAACAUUCUGGUUCACUUUUUGCAGUACAGUGUCUACCCGUAUGAAGUGACCAUGCUGACCCGUGUCCUGUCCAUGCUGCCUUCACCUAGGCUUGACACUAGUGUCAUUUCGCGCGUAGAUGCGGUGCUGCCCCAAUGUAACCUGAAUGACCUCAACACCUUUGCGGUGGUCAUCGCUAAGUGGUUGCGAAACGACCCAUCCUACAGGCACAGUACGCCUAUCAAGUACGUACGUCUGCUGCAGACACUCAACCACUGUGGACGCGAGCGACUGUGCAAGGCUGACCGCCUCGACUUGUUGUUGGAGGAGCUCAAGUACAUGUCAGGGGAGUGGUUUGAGGAGAUGUUGCUGAAGGAGACCAUGGUAACGCUCCAGAGGCUGAAGGGCCAGAUAUCCUGGACCAAUGUUCCUGAGCUCUCCCUUUUCCUAACGAGGAUUAAUUAUCUUUGUGCUCCGCUAAUGGACUCCAUAGCUAGUGCGACCAUGGAGGACAUCAACAAGAUGCACUACUCCUCUAUGUAUGCCACUUUGCUUCCCUUUGCUGUGCUGAAUUAUGAUUCGCCUAGAGUAGAUGAGUUGUUCGACAUCUGCAUUCAGCACUUCCUUCCUCAUAUCAGUUCUUUUGACCCCCAUCUGCUGGUACUCUUUGGGUACACCCUGGCUGUGGCCGACUGCUUUCCGGAGGACAUGGUGCGGGAAAUCUUCAAUGUGGAUUUCCUUGCCAAGCUGGAUUCACAGUUAGAAACUUUGCCUGAUGCACUCAACAUGCGGAUCCGCUUGCGUCUCAUGGAGCUGAACCGUGCUGUGUGUCUGGAGUGCCCAGAGUUCCAGGUACCCUGGUUCCAUGAGCGGUACUGCCAACAGCUGCAUAAGAAAGGGAAUGGAUUCAUCACUCCUGUCCAACAACAAAUCCACAAAAUGCUGGGGGAGGUUCUUGGAGGAGUUAAUUGUGCCAAAGCGGCAGUGUUCACUCCGUAUUUUUACAGAGUCGACUUUGAAUGUGUGCUGGACCGGCACCGUAAGGCAUUGUCCUACAGUGAGCAAAGCCAACUGCAGAUACCCGGCGAUGGGGAGGUGCGCUGGGGUUUGGACUCCGUGGGAAAGGAGAGGAGUGAGUUACCUCAAGGGGCUCAACGUAUUGCAGUUGACUUCUUGGAUACAAAAUCCUUUUGCAAAAACUCUCGCCACAUGAAAGGGGAGGCCAUGAUGAGAAAGAGACAUCUGGAGAUUCUGGGAUAUCAUGUUGUCCAGAUCCCUCACUUUGAAUGGAACUCUAUGGAGCUCUCCACUCAAGAUGCCUGGAAGGAAUACCUUCGGAAGAAAAUAUUUACUGAGCUUCCCUGAUGCACUGUUGAACCAGCGGCAUGUUAUAUUUCUUUUUCUACAAAACUGUGAGAGAAGCAGUUUGUUUUUGUAAUUGUAUAUUUGCAGGCCUUAUUGACAAUGGAUGUUACGCAUCAGAUGUUUAUCAAGUGCUCCUUCUUGGCUUCCAAAGCCUAGAGUGGACAUGGAGCCACCUCACACCAACCUGCCAAGAUAAACUGUAUCAUGCUUUUUGUAUGGAGUACAAUGUCUGUCAAAUAAUAAUACAUGUUUUUAGUAAAACAAAAGUUUUUUUUUUCUAUA